ACAUGCCGGAGACGACGCGGUGCCGACGGCCCGCUGUUGACGCACGGACGUUGGACGUGUCAAGUCAACCGAGAGCCCCCGCUGUCUUCCGCCGACGACGCUCCGCUGCUGCGCACGAAACGGUUGGCCUCGACUCAAGAGCCAGUGUGUAAAAGCCGGAGCGCCAUGGCACAGCCCAUCCGGAUGCUGUCCUGCAGACACCUGCUGCUGGCCACCGGACUGGUGCUGCUUGCUGAGAUCAGUGUCUCGGCUGCCUGCCAUGAUCUCGACUUCUUCCGGGCAAGGCAAGAGUGUUCCCACACGUUCGAGAACGAGUUCCGCCGGAGUUACGACGAAUAUCACAACGACCACGCUAGAAGUCGGGAGAUUGUCUGUUGUGCACUUAUGAGGGCAAACGAGUGCAUCAGGAGUCUUUAUAAAAGGAAACAGUGCACGGACAGUGGCAUUGAAAUCUUGGCCCACUAUUCUCGUAAGGCCAGUGCAAAGAGUUGCGAGAACUUUGACUAUCGGCCAUGUGGCGCGGGUGCCUGCACUAUUAGUGCUUCGGCUUUGCUCCUGGCUGCCCUAGCGGCACUCGUCGUGAAGAUGUCAUCAUGAUUUGCCACUGUCUACAAUCACUUUCACCAGGCACCAUCACUGUUUGUACUGUAAAGUGCUUUCACACAUUAAUCAUCUGAGAAUAUUGCUGCUACGAAUAUCAGUUGAAGUAAAGGAACGAGCUGACAUGGCAUGAAAACAUAUAAGAACAUAUAUGUAUCAUACAGUGAUUGUACAAGAUGUGUUGAAUUGAUCGAUUGAUAUGUGGAGUUUAAUGUCCCAAAACCACCAUAUGAUUAUGAAAGACGCUGUAGUGGAGGGCUCCGGGAAUUUCUAUCGCCUAGGGAUCUUUAACGUGCACCCAAAUUUGAACACACGGGCCUACGGCAUUUUUGCCUCCAUCAAAAAUGCAGCCGCUGUAGCCGGGAUUCGAUCCCACAACCUGCGGGUCAGCAGCUGAGGGAGUACCUUAGCCACUAGACCACCGCGGCGGGCAAGAUGUGUUGAAAACAAAGUUAGCUGUUCGUAAAAUAUGUUCAUUAGCCUGAGGCAGUUAGUCAUGAGACUUGCAAAAAUUUAUUUUGAGAUUAAAUAAACUCAUGAUCUCAUACCUUCAGUUCUUGCCACAGUACUACUAAAUUUAUUCUAAUUAACCCAUUAAGCCAUCCAAAAACUAUGAAGUGGAUUUUAUUGAGAUAUUUCUACAUUUACCUAAUUGCAAUAAAAAUUUAUGUGCAAAUUUUCAUAGAAAUUCAUUAUUGCUUUCAGAAGUUAUGAUACUGUACUUUAGAAAGUAUGCUGGGCUGUCGACAUAGCAACAGGAAAGCUGGUCUGAUGCAAGAAUGGAGAGUACACUAGAUCAUUACCAAACGAAUACCAAAGUUAUCUUGGCCCAUGUAAUUUAUUGAAACACCAGUGUUUUAUGGAAAGUACAAUGUCAGACUUCUAACAACACCAUUUCGAGAUAAUAUGGGAGACUUUCAUUGCUUUCCGAGCUUUCUGUGAAAACGUCCGAAUGGAUAGAAAGAAAAAGCAAGCACAGUGGAUACUGAAGAUCUCUUGAUACUUCUGUGGUGUACAAGGUCAGUGUCUUGCUAUUAUCCGACUAAAAGAUAAUAGUCAAUGCAUAGAGGGUCUGCUGAAACCUCCACUGCAAUAGUAGACACUGUUUUACACUUCAAUCACCUGGGUAAAUAGGGGCUGAUAUCCCCUUUUCUCAUGAAUAAAAAUUCUGUGGUUAUUUGCAGCUUUAUUAGAGAGCUUAUCUCUUCAGUGUCAUUGUUAAAGCUGCUAAAGAGGUUUUAUAGUAGUGUUACAUUUUUUUUUUGUUGGGGGGGGGGGGGGGGUUCAGUUUAUGGCCAGCUGGUUACAGAGCAUAGUGGCUACACUGUGUUGUUGUUUGUGAGCAUAGCAACUAUGCUUUUGCCUUUAGCAUUUAUAAAACAACUCUUGUUUCCUGGAUCAAGACAUAAACUAUGUUUCCCAUGUUUCUUUCAUUCCAUGUUCUUUAUCGUUGAUAGAGAGCAUGCAUUCGUACCGUUGUCAUUCCCUUCCUCCUCCUAAGUUUCUAUGUUAGGGUCAUAAGUGACAAUGAAAACAUCAACCACCUCUGGUAUAUUUACAGCGACAUCUGUCACAGCCUCAUGAGUCUCAGAUAACCGAAAAAUGGCAUUCUUACACAGAAAAUAACUGGCUCAAUCUCUCAGGCAAUGCACAAUAGGUACGGGGGGGGGGGGGGGUCAAAAGUUCCCAGGCCACUAUCUCAAGUAUUCUCACGGGAGCAUAGCCUGGGAACUUGGAAACUGUGGCCCCCCCUGUACAUGUACGCUCCAACGAAGUUUUGUUGUACUAUACAAAGCACACUCACAUUUGAUUACACCUCAGAACAAAACUAUCUCUAUACGCAUCUCUCGCUUUGCAGGAAUUAAUCUGUUCUUUCUGAAACAGAAGCAGUUCAUUGUUUCAGCAUAUAAAUUGUACAACCUCAAAUCAAUUUAGAAAGAGGAGUACUGACCACAUGCACCUGAAUGGCUCUCGUUUUCGUAAUGUUUGGUGCCAUUUUUGUGAGUGUAACAGAAAGCUUAUCUAUCAAUGAGUCUAAUCAUAAAAUGGCAACGUAGAAAACAUCGUAAAACAUUUGUAAUCGAAAUUUCUCUGUCUACAGCGAAUAUGAAGUCAUAUACUCACACGGUGCAAACAGUGCGCACGAGAGUGGGUCGUGUUUGACUGUGCUGGUUUACUGCCCAUGCGUGCACUCGACGCACAUGCGCCGCAGCUCUAAAUGGUCCACAGGUGGCCACAACAGCAAUGCAGCUUCUCACCAUGUAAUUCCUUUUACGUCGUAAGCAUGGCGGAAUUGAGCCGGGCAGCAUAAUAAUAUGCAUCGUCAAAUUUUGAGGGCUGGCGUGCAUGACAGCCUCAGGCUACGUAACUACGUACAAGAAGUGGUUGACUCCAUAUUUCAUAAUCCAGCUUCAAUUCCCCUUCACUAGGUUGGGCCACCGGCAGGUUUUUGUUACUUUCAAGUACGAUUUAGCGUACUAAAUCAUACUCACAAUGCAAAAAAAUGCUGAAAUCUGUUCCUAUAUUUCAUGGUAUUUUCAUUUUUUUAAAGAUAUAAUUACAGCUUCUGGCCAGUUGUUGGUCCCUUUAACGACUCACAAAAUAUAAAAAUAGAACCCAGUCAUUAUGCCAAGUUAGGAUUAUCCUGCUGUUACCUUUGGCAUCUGAAAUUUACAUGAGCAAGAUAAGAAUAUUCUGUCAUGUAUUUUCUAUUCUCAAAAAAGGAAGUGUACUUUGUAAACUACACUGGGCCUUAAUAGGUUAACAGAAUAUUUAAAGAAAAAGUGGUGCAUUUUGAGAGUUAUGUGCAAUCUCUUGAGAUAACUAUGAUAUGUCACUAUUAUUAAGGCAGAAAGGUGCCGAUGACUCUGAUGUAAGUGUUCAAGUUGAAAUUAUACUGUCGCAAUAUAAAUCAACGAUGAUGAAAA